AUGUUUCGCUUUUUCCGGCGUAGCGCACGCUUGGACACCAUGCAGCAGUGCCCCGUUGUUCCUUCUAGCGUUCAGCAGGGGUGUCCCUCGCAAGAGUCUUUCUCAGAGACCAUUGUGCCACAGCAGAAUACCGGGCAUUCAGCGGCUGAUUAUCUAAGGGAAGUCUUUCUUAGAGAGUGUGACACGCGCAUUCAUGAUACGCCUGGGGUGUCCCGAGCUGCCACUGCUGGUCUAGAUGCCCCCUCUAUUUCAGUUCCUGCACCUCUCUCUGGUGUCACAGCCUCUCAAGAAAGGCAAUCGGUACCCUCCUUACUACUCAAAGACAGUAUCCGAGCGGUGCCGCUCGCCGUUAGUUCUAGUAAAAUGAUUUCAACGUCUUCCAAUCCUCCUAUGAAAGCCACACGCCCGCGCGUUCCAAUCACAAAGACCACGAAAUUUGAGGGUGUCACGUAUCUUACACUUUCUCAAGCGCCCACGCAAGAAAGCCCAGAGUUCACUGAUCCCGAUUCUGUUGCUGGUAUGAGACCUCAGAUUCGCGAGACUCAAGAGUCUCCUAGUGAUAGUCUUGAGCAUGAUCUCGCGGAUAGUCUACUGUUUGACAUGGCGAACGCUGUCUCUAGCUCUGUGGCUGUGCGGGCGUUAAGUUGA